AUGUCAUUGUAUCAAGUAUGGCUUACCCUGACCGUGAUUGUUCAACCAUGCCUGGCCAUACAGCUCGAUGUCACCAGCACCGAAUCGCUCAAGGCCGCCUCAGGCACCGUGGCGAAUGGCAUGAUGAAGUAUUACUCCGGUAAUGAAACCGGAAACUGGCCUGGUAACCUUCCAUCACCAUACUACUGGUGGCACGCCGGAGCCAUGUUCAUGACUAUGGUGGACUACUGGUACACGACGGGCGACACGACGUAUAACACCAAUACCAUCCAAGCGAUGGAUUGGCAGGCCGGUGAACAAGGGAUCUUCAUGCCAGCCAACCAGACAACGACCGAAGGGAAUGAUGACCAGGUCUUUUGGGCUUUCGCUGCUAUGACCGCUGCUGAAUUCAAUUUCCCAAGUCUGGAAGCCGACUAUCCAUCUUGGUUGGCCAUGGCACAGGGUGUUUUCAAUGAACAAGCUCGGCGCUGGGACUCCACGACUUGCGGCGGUGGACUUCGCUGGCAGAUUUUCCCAACAAAUAACGGGUACAACUACAAGAACUCUGUCGCGAAUGGAGGGUUCUUCCAGCUUGCUUCCCGUCUGGCACGCUAUACUGGCAACCAGACCUAUGUCGAUUGGGGGACCAAAAGCUGGGAGUGGUUCGAGGGAUCUGUACUCUUUGAUAAUGCCACCUACGCCAUCAAUGAUGGAACGGAUGACACUGCAAAUUGUGUGCUGGCAGAUCAUACGCAAUGGUCGUAUAAUUACGGCAUCUAUCUCGGUGGUCUGGCGUACCUAUAUAACCACACCAAGGAUGAUCGAUGGCUGCCACCGCUCCAGGGUAUUCUCAACAGGACUCUGACAGAGUUCUUCCCGGCGUCAAUGGGCAACAAGAUCGCCGUCGAGGUCGCUUUCUGGCCGUACCUUCAAGCUUCGGCACAAGGGGUAGCGGGGCAAUGCGAUGGUGGAAGUGAUGGCGUGACAUGUGGUAUGGAAUGGAACAGUACCAAGUGGGAUGGCACGUAUGGCAUUGGUCAGCAGCUGAGUGCUUUGUCCGUCAUUCAGGCCAACUUGAUCCAGACCAGCAGAUUAGGAGCGCCAUUCACCAGUGACACUGGGGGGACAAGUCAAGGCGAUCCCAAUGCUGGAUCCGGGAGUGACAACCCGGGAUUGGGCAGUGAGUAUACUCGCACUAUCAAAUCUGCUGAUAAAGGAGGAGCUGGCUUCUUGACUCUUCUGGCGGUCGGGUCGACGCUUGGAGGGGCGUAUUUUCUUGUCACCUGA